GUUAAAAAAACGUCCCAUGUAUCAUCCAACAUUCUCGACAAUUCAUCUUACCGUUGCCUUAGCAACCUGGAUUUUUUUUGUCGGAAGCACACACGAUCAAGACUUACCAGCUGACAUUUUGGAGUCAGGUCUUAGUCUUUUCUCUAUGGAUGGUGCAACAAUUACCAAUUUGAUUCUCGUUAAGGAUCAAUGUUGAUGUUACGGAUCCUGAGUGUUCUUAUUUUUGGGCGUUAGAACUUCAAUCCCCAUACAAUUCUUUCUCAAAUUGAAAUUUACUCUGUUUACUGAUCUUGUUUCACAAUUUCAUUGUAGCUAGUAGUCUACAAUACAGUAACGCUGAUAAGAUAGUUAUAUUAUCUAAACCUUAAAAGUGAAAACUAGAAUAUAAUAAAACUGAGACUUCAACGCUAAUUUCUCUGUUUUACCUGUUUACUAUGUUUAUUAAGAUCUAGAGCCGUUGUACACGCUCCAUUACAGGUAGUAGCUAGUAGGGUUUGGAUGUAAAUAUUAUGAACUCCAUUGGACAUGCUCUAAGGUUAUCCUAACUUUGCUGAUGUUCCGUUGAGACAAAUAUUGGACCUGUUUGACACUGACUAUGUGAGAUAUAUACUCAGUCAAAGUGUAUGCGAAAACUCCAUUAAAUUUAUGUACGAAAUGUGAGAUUAUACUCAAAUCAAAGUUUGUGAGAGAACUCUUAUCACUUUUGAUUUGAAUUUUUGGCUCCAGAAUAUAUGUAUAAUUUUUACCAAAAAAAUAUAUGUAUAAUACUUUUUUGAUCACUAUGCCUAGUAGUGAUCUUGAACAAUAUACCUCGUGAUGUAUAAUAAUUUUUUUGAACGGAUUAUAUAGUUAUAAGCUCAUAAGAUAAACUAUAUUCAUUAACUAGUGAUAAUCUAUUUGUAUAUUCAUCAAUCUGGGAACGUGCUACACAAGUAAUCGUUUAUUAACCGAUAUAAAACCAGUCCAAAAUCAGUUUACUUGCGAAACCAAAGACAGUGAUACAAUAGCCUAGUGGUCAUCUGGACCUCUCAAUCUGGGUCCAAGUAAUUUUGACUUUUGGCACUUCAAAAAAAAAAAGCUGACUUUUGACGCUAAGCCAAAUUAAGGACCACUACCAUAACCGAUAUGUUUGACGAAUUGAAGAUAUAAAAAUUCAGACAGAAACUUCGAGUUCUGUUUAAUUAGUAAGAACUGACAAGACGCGUAAGCACGAAAACAAAAGAUUUUGCCAUAAUACUCAGGAGGAUAAAAAAAACUACGUGAAUGAAAUGAACGCUUGAUUGACGAUUGUAUAGUUUGAGUGAUUAACAUGUGCUAUGUGUAUGCAAGUGGGUUCAUUAUUCACGUCUUCUUCUGCGGAUGUUCUAGGUCAUAUACUCAUAACAGGACUUAACUAAGAUCCUACAUACCUUCAUGAUUAUCUGAAACGUAACUAAUACUGUAUGAACAGAAACAUUUGACUUUGACGUUCGAUUUUUUUUUUCUUUCUUUUUUGACGUUCGAUUUUUUUGUCCUUCGUUUAGUGACCGUAUAUCAGUUUUGAGGAAUUCAACAUUUAGAAACUCUCACAGAAACUUCCAUUGCUUUUUAAAUAGUGAAAAUAGACUGAUGCUUAAACACUAAGACAAUAUCUUGCAAGGAAAAUGAAGCAGAGGAGUUCCUUACUAAUCCUCUGUUCUGUUCUCAUUGUUUCCUUUGUUGCUUCAGUUUCAGCACAAACGUGCGUACACAACGGGAAGAACUUCAUACCCAACAGUACAUAUGACGCAAACCGCCGUCUCAUCCUCUCCUCUCUUCCUUCCAAUGCCGCUGCUCAAGAUGGCUUCUACAGCGGUUCCAUUGGACAAGAACCUAGCCGAGUCUACGCGGCAGGGAUGUGCAUCCCUGGAGCAGAAGCAAAUGAUUGUUCCGCUUGUAUCAAAGGCGCAUCUGACUGGUUGGUACAAGAUUGUACCAACCAGACAGACGCGUAUUACUGGGCACUUGAUCCAACUCUUUGCCUUGUCCGUUACUCCAACAAUUCUUUUUCAGGAUCCGCAGGUUACUGGGAGAUCGUACCUCAGUAUUUGGUCAUGAACACUGCAAAUAUCAACUCGAAUCUAACGGAGUUCAAGAAGAUAUGGGAAAGAUUGAUACAUAGUAUCAUUGCUGCAGCUUCCGCGCCAAAAAGCCGUUACAAAGCUGAUGUUGCAGCCUUGACACCUUUCCAGAAUAUAUACGCGUUGAUGCAAUGCACGCCGGAUGUUUCUUCUGGUGAUUGUGAUAAUUGUUUAAGACAAAGCGUUAUUGACUACCAAUCAUGUUGUGGAGAGAAGACAGGAGGCUAUGUUAUGCGGCCAAUCUGCUUUUUUCGGUGGCAGUUGUUUACAUUCUCUAAGGCUUUUGGUAACAUUACGUUGGCUCCUCCUUCCCCUCCUCCUUCUCCUCCUCCUCUGCUGCAACGUCAACCAUCUUCUGCUAGCGACCAGGCCAAAAAGACAGACACUGGCAGCAGAAAUAUCUCACUGAGAACUAUUAUAGCAAUAGUUGUUGCUGUUAUUGUAUUCAUCAUCAUUAUCAUUAUCAUUAUCGUCGUUGUUUUUGCUCGCCGGUCUACUCGAGGGGGAAAAUCAGACCAACAAGUUGAGUUUAAUCAAACUGGUAUCACAACUGUACGCUCCCUACAAUUCGAUUUCAAGACAAUUGAAGUUGCAACAAAUAAUUUUUCAGAGCGCAAUAAAAUUGGCCGAGGUGGAUUUGGAGAUGUUUUCAAGGGUACAUUAAUGCCUGGUGGAAGAGAAGUUGCAGUAAAAAGGUUGUCAAGAACUUCGGAACAAGGCGAGAAAGAGUUCAAGAAUGAGGUUAUUGUUAUUGCAAAACUUCAGCAUGGAAACCUUGUUAGACUUCUCGGUUAUUCUGUCAAAGGAGAAGAAAGAGUACUCGUCUAUGAGUUUGUGCCUAACAAAAGUCUCGACUCUUUCCUCUCUGACCCACUAAAGCAAGCUCAGCUAAGCUGGACUAAACGGUUCAACAUAAUCAAGGGAAUCGCUAGAGGGAUACUAUAUCUUCAUCAAGAUUCAAGGCCCAAAAUCAUACAUCGUGACCUCAAAGCAGAUAACAUACUCUUGGAAGCUGAUAUGAACCCGAAGAUUUCUGACUUUGGGACGGCAAGGAUCUUUGGUAUUGGCCAAACCAGUUCUAUCACUGAAAGGAUAUUUGGAACUGAAGGUUACAUGCCCCCAGAGUAUAGGUGCGAGGGGCAAUUCUCAGUGAAAACGGAUGUGUAUAGCUUCGGGGUCUUAGUUCUUGAGAUUAUAUGCGGAAAGAAGAAUAGGAGCUUCUGCUUCCCGGGUCCAGAUUUGGUCACAUACGCUUGGAGGUUGUGGAGAGAGGAGACACCAUUAGAACUCGUGGAUCAAACCAUUUUAGAGAAUUUUCCAGCAGAAGAAGUGACAAGAUGCAUCCACAUCGCGCUGCUUUGUGUUCAACACGAACCAACAGACCGUCCCCAUGUGUCAACAAUCGUAUCGAUGCUCACUAGCACUACCAUCAUUUCACAUGUUCCUCAAACACCCGGAUCGCUGGAUUCUUUAUACUAGAUACCCCAAACAAUCUACAAUCAUGAAAUCCAACUCUCAAACUACCAAUGAUGGAACUUGAUCUCGUUCCCUUGAGAGACAUUGGAACUGUUUUACGUUAAGCCAUGUUUCAAGUAUUUCAGUUAUUCAAAAGUUAUGUACGUGUGAAUUUGUUAACUUAUCACAGUUAUUUACACUAUUUUAUUUGUCAAGUAUAUUUUUAUCAUUUGUAACUUCUACAUUCUAAUAUCAGCUUUUUGUUAUAAAGUCCUCCGAUCUUUUCUCCUUUUGACUUAAAAGAAAAGAAAUGAUGUUAUAAUUCAUGGUGUUAUGAAAUCACACGCAUGAAAUUUUGGUUUUGGGUUCGUUUCUUUAGACUAAAGGUUAAUUAUCUGUUCGCGUAUUUAGAAAAUUUGGUUCGAUUGUUUCGGUUUAGUUUGGGGUAACAAAGUUGGGAACCAGCUAAUAUUCUAGGUAAUUUCAAAUCCCAUUUGUUACAAUUUUACGGUUAAUUCAAGUUAAUUUCCAACAAAAGAUUAUUCUAGUUUAUAAAUAUAACAAGUUUAAUUAAACCUUGUAGCUGAUUCCGCGCUCAGCAAACCUUGUAGCUGAUAACCUUGCAAAAAAUGCUCUCGCUUCUCUUAUGUUGCAAAACAAUAUGUAAGCUUUUAAUAGUUUGAAUGAAAAGCUGUUGACCAAAAAAAAAAUACAACAAGUUUAAUUAGACUUAUAAAUAUAAUCAACACAUACAUUAUCGAAUGCAUAUGCCAAAAAUUAUGAUGUUCAUAUGGGUAGCAAUCAUAUUUUCAUCAAUAACCAUGGUAUUCAAAAAUUAUCCGUGGAUAUACUUAGUCUACACAGUAAAAACAUUCUAUAAAUUAUUUGAUCAUAUUUUUGUACCGUUUUCUAUUACCUUCAACAUAGAAGUUCUAACACAAAGUCUCUUUGUCGUUUAUUAUAUGCUUUUCAAUAAAAAAUAAUUAAUUUUCAUGGACACAAAAAUGUACAAACAAAAAUAUCUCUUUUUCGGGUUAGUGCCCAAAGUUGUUCUAGACUUCUAGUCACGGAUCUGCAGUUGUCUGAUGCUCUAUGACAAACUUAUUUGAAUUCGUUUUCAAAAGGAUAAAAGAUAAACUUUCGUUUUCAUAAAAUGCAUUCAAUGAUUUUGGACACAGAUAUACAUCAGUCUGUCCCGUAACAGUUGUCGUUUAGUUUAAUAUUUCUUUCUUAGUUUGGGGUACAAUACAAUUUACUCUGCUCUUAAAAGUCUCAGCUUACCCCUUAUGUCAGUGGCGCAGAAGUUAAAUUAUAAGAAUCCAACCUAGGAAUAUGGUCAUCAUAAAUUCAUAAUUCAAUGUACUAGGUAUGAAUUUUUGAUCCGAUGAAUCUAAUUGAAUGUUAAAGAGUUUCUAUGCCUUAAAAUUGCAUCUGGGACAUUGAAUUUUCGAAGGCCCAUUGAGCCCAAGCACACAAUGUUUUGACAAUAAUAACUGAAUCAGAUGGACGGUUGAAAUUUCCUUUGAAGUAUCAGCUUGGAGUGACUUUCUACGACUCUACCUUCCGCCUAUAUAAUCCAACAACAC